GAUAGCUUUUGGUUUAUCCAGGGAAUGAGUGAGGUGAGCGGCGGGGACGAGCAGGGUUCAGUGGUUGUGAGAGCGAGUCCUCGGUGGAAGCCAGUCAGUGGGCAGACAGCCUUUGGUGAGGGUAGGUGUUCGUCGCAGCUCUCCUCUUCAUAAGAUGACCAACCCAGCAGUCACGGAGGGCGGGGCGGUGUGUGGCGUGGCGGCGAAGGGCAAGGGCGGCGACAGUGGCAAUGCAGGCAAGGAGAGAAUGGAGAGAGUGAAGAAGAGUCUGGUGCCGCCCAAGACUCCUCUCACACGAAACCUCUCCCGCUCACAGCUCAAAGAGUUCCGUGAGGCUUUCCGGCUGUUUGACAAGGACGGAGACGGCACCAUCACGAGCCAUGAGCUGGGACUCUUCAUGCGUAACCUGGGACAGUUUGCCACGGAGGAGGAGCUGCGUGUCAUGGUGGACGAGGUGGAUAUAGACGGCGAUGGCACCUUCAGCUUCAAUGAGUUCGUGGAGAUUGUGUGUAACAUGGGCGGGGGCGGCGAACGGCCCGCGGAAGACGAGGAGAAGGAACUGCGGGACGCCUUCAAGAUCUUUGAUAAGCACGAACGUGGCUACAUCUGCGCCAGUGAUCUCCGGGCGGUGCUGCAGUGUCUGGGGGAGGACCUGUCUGAGGAGGAGAUAGAGGACAUGAUCCGUGAAGUAGACAUCGACGGGGACGGCCGGAUCGACUUUGAAGAGUUCGUGAAGGCGCUGGGAGAGAAUGACGACAGCGACGACGAGGAGGAGGCGAGGGACGAGGACGAGGACGAGGAGCGAAAAUGAGCGAGUUGUGGCUUGGAUAAGACAUACGAGGCACUUCAAAGAAAACGUUAAAUUUUGAUGGGAAACUUUGGGAGAUUUGCUAGACAUGUAUAUUUGAGUGUUGUGUGUGUGUGUGUGUGUGUGGCUGUCUGUCUACGUGUGUAUGGUGACAACGUGUAUGUAUUAAUCUUAUUUCGUUUAUUCACUGUAUUGUUUUUGCAGUGACAGUGGUGACGAUGAUGUUUUUGAAUGCAAGAAUUAAAUACAAUCAGGUAUGUUUGUUUAAGGCAGAAGUGUUGAAAUAUAAAAAUGUUCGCAAGUUUU